GUGGCGUGCUGCCGGCGCGAAUUGUUUUCACUCUCAACGAAGGGGAGAGUCUUCCAGUCUUUAUUUAUAGAUUUAUUUAUUUUUUAUUUUUGUGGUGUUGCAAUGAAAGUGAUUUUGGUGAUACUAUGGCUAAUGGCCGGAGUGUGGUCGCAGAGCGAGGAGGAGCAGGAGUUGGGAUGUAUUUGGUAUGGCCAAAGUCAUAUGAUCGGCGCCCAUUGGCAGAAUCUGGCGGACACGAGGCCAGCAAGACCUCUGAAUAGCCCAACUUCGGAGGCAAUCUUUGCCAAACGAUGUCCAUUGCUAUACAAGGAGUACAAGGGCGAAAGUGGUGAGGACGAACUGAGUCUUUGCUGCGAUGCGGCCCAAAUUGAGACUAUGGAGUCGGGACUGUCGCAGGCAGAUGGCGUCUUCUCCAGAUGUCCCACGUGCACCAGGAACAUGGCCAUGACCGUUUGUGCCAUGACCUGUGCCAAGAACCACACUCUCUUUUUGACCGGCUAUAAUGCCACCAACGAAGCGGGUGCAGUCUAUGUGGAGUAUAUCGACUAUCGGAUUACGGAUAGUACGGUAUCGAAGAUCUACGAGAGCUGUGAAGGGAUACAGCACACCCAAACUGGACGGCCUGCCAUGGAUUUGGGUUGUGGCGGCUACAAUGCCAAGACCUGCAAUUACCGGAGAUGGUACGAAUUCAUGGGCGAUGUAUCCGGCGACUAUGUCCCGUUUCAGAUCAACUACCUGUGGUCGGAUGAUGCGGAGGAGGGCUCUGAGGAGAUUUAUCUAGAUCUAAGCCCCUUGAAGUGCGGCCAGAGCUACGAGGAUAGCUAUGCAUGUGCUUGCAUCGAUUGCGAGGAGUCCUGUCCGAUGACUGAUGCUCCCACGGGACCCGAAGAGCUCUGGAAGAUUGCAGGAUUGUAUGGAGUCACUUUUAUUCUGGCUUUGAUAAUUGCCGUGGUGCUCUCAAUAUUCAUUUUCUGGGGCUCCUUUGGCAAAUCCUCCGCGCCCAAUGUCUGCAUGCCCACACUGUUUGGGGAGUUCUUCUACUAUGGCUUCCGCGCCUGGGGAACCUUCUGUGCCAAGCAUCCGGUCCUGGUUCUGGCCCUCUGUUCCUGGGCCAUCGCCGGCCUAUCCUACGGCAUUCGGUACAUGUCCAUUACCACAGAUCCCGUGGAAUUGUGGGCGGGCGAAGAGAGCCAAACGAGGAUCGAGAAGGACUACUUCGAUCAGCACUUCGGACCAUUCUACCGGACAAAUCAGAUGUUCAUCAAGGCCAUCAACCAGACCUACUUCACUCACGAUGCUCCCAGUGGCUUGCUGAACUUUGGUCCUGCCUUCGAGUUCAACUUCCUGAAGGAAGUCUUCGAGCUGCAGGAGUCCAUUAUGAAAUUGGGCCUGGAGGACAACGAGGGUCUCGAUAAGAUCUGCUAUGCCCCCGUUUUGAUGGCCGGAGAGACGGCCACAGUCGACCACUGCGUCAUCCAGUCGAUCUAUGGAUAUUUCCAGCACGAUAUGGAUAAAUUUGAGAAUUCCUACAUCGAUAGCAAUAACUACACCAUCAACUAUUUGAAUCAAUUGGAGGAUUGUCUUCGUGUCCCAAUGAUGGAGGAUUGCUUUGGAACAUAUGGAGGACCCAUUGAACCCGGCAUUGCUGUUGGCGGCAUGCCCAAGGUAGCGGUGGGUGAGGAUCCCGACUACAUGCUGGCCACAGGACUUGUCAUCACCUUCUUGGGUCGGAAUCAGAACGACGAGUCCAAACUGGAGCCCAAUAUGAAGUGGGAGCAGCUAUUCGUAGACUUUUUGCGGGACUACAAGAGCGAUCGACUGGAUAUAGCCUAUAUGGCUGAAAGAUCAAUCCAGGAUGCGAUAGUGGAACUAUCUGAGGGAGAAGUAGGCACAGUGGUCAUCAGCUAUGUGGUUAUGUUCAUCUACGUGGCCAUAGCUUUGGGUCGCAUCCGCAGCUGUUUAGGCUUCCUGAAAGAAUCUCGAAUAAUGCUGGCCAUUGGAGGAAUAGUUAUUGUUCUGGCUUCGGUGGUAUGCAGCCUGGGCUUCUGGGGAUACCUGGAUGUCACGACCACAAUGCUGGCUAUCGAAGUAAUACCCUUCUUGGUGCUCGCCGUGGGAGUAGACAACAUCUUCAUAAUGGUACACACAUAUCAGAGGCUCGAUCACUCGAAGUUUAAGACUACCCACGAGGCUAUUGGGGAGGCCAUUGGCCAAGUGGGCCCAUCGAUCCUCCAGACGGCGGGUAGUGAAAUAGCCUGCUUUGCCAUCGGAUGUAUUUCCGAUAUGCCUGCGGUGAAAACCUUUGCCAUGUACGCCGCCAUUGCCAUUCUUUUGGACUUCCUGCUGCAGAUCACCGCAUUCGUAGCUUUGAUGGCCAUCGAUGAGAGGCGUUACCUGGACGGCAGACUAGACAUGUUGUGCUGUGUGAGGAGCAGUGGAAAGAAGACCAAAAGUGAAGGCGAGGACGGUGAGGAUAAACUUAAGGAGGUCGGCGUGCUGGAGAGCAUGUUCAAGAACUUCUAUUCACCCUUCCUGCUUUCGAAACCCGUUAAAGUGUGCGUUUUGCUGAUCUUCACUGUGGUCACCUGUCUUUCAUUGAUGGUGACGCCCUCCAUUGAAAAGGGCCUCGACCAGGAGAUGUCCAUGCCGAAGAACUCUCAUGUUGUUAAGUAUUUCCGCUACAUGGUCGACCUGCUAGCGAUGGGAGCUCCGGUUUACUGGGUUCUCAAGCCCGGACUCAACUACUCGGAGCCCCUUCAGCAAAAUCUCAUCUGCGGCGGAGUUGAGUGCAACAACAACUCCCUGUCCGUGCAGCUGUAUACACAAUCUCGGUAUCCGGAAAUCACAGCUUUGGCCCGACCAGCCUCCUCCUGGCUGGACGACUACAUCGAUUGGCUGGCCAUUCUCGACUGCUGCAAGUACAAUGUCACCACAAACGGAUUCUGUUCCAGCAACUCCAAGAGUGAGGACUGCCUGCCUUGUCCACGCGGAUUUACUGAGAAUGGCCUGAGACCAGAUGCCGAGACCUUUAACAAGUAUAUUCCCUUCUUCCUGUUCGAUCUGCCAGAUGCCGAGUGCGCCAAGGCUGGAAGAGCUUCCUAUGCUGAUGCCGUCAUCUACACCAUCGACGAUGAGGGAAUGUCCACUGUACAGGACACCUACUUCAUGCAGUACUCGACCACAUCGACCACCUCGGAAGAAUUCUACUCGCAGCUGCGCGAAGUGCGAAGAAUUGCAGGGGAGAUAAAUGCAAUGUUCGAGGAGAAUGGCGUGGAUGCGGAGAUAUUCGCCUACUGCGUCUUCUACAUUUACUACGAACAGUAUCUGACAAUCUGGGAGGAUGCGCUGUUCUCGUUGGGAAUGUCUUUGCUGGCCAUAUUCAUCGUUACCCUCUUGAUCACCGGCCUGGACAUCACAUCCACCCUGAUCGUCCUCUUCAUGGUGAUCUGCAUAUUGAUCAAUAUGCUGGGGAUGAUGUGGGCGUGGAGCAUUAAUCUGAAUGCCAUUUCGCUGGUCAACCUGGUGGUUUGCGUCGGCAUCGGAGUGGAGUUCGUGGCACAUAUUGUAAGGUCCUUUAAGAGGGCGGAGGGAACUGCCCAGGAGCGGGCUCAUCACUCUCUGAAUGUGACUGGAAGCAGUGUCCUUUCGGGCAUCACACUCACCAAAUUCGCCGGCAUCGUAGUCCUGGGCUUCUCCAACUCACAGAUCUUCCAGGUCUUCUACUUCCGGAUGUAUCUGGGCAUUGUCCUCAUUGGAGCAGCCCACGGCUUGAUCCUGCUGCCGGUUCUCCUCAGUCUCCUGGGACCGCUUCAAAGGCUGGCCAAGAGCCCGAGUGCCGAGCUCGGUGCAUCCACCACAGCGGAAUAAUAUAUCCUUAGGAAUGAAAAUAAAUAUAACUAUAUAACCUUAGUCUAUAGAGUGUGCCUGAGUGUGUGUAUGAAUCUUAUGUAAGCCUGUCUGGUUUUUGCUGUUAUCAAUGAGUUUUUAAUGUCAAGAUGGUCGAACAAAGCUGUUAAAGAGAACUAAAUAAAAUAACAUAAUUUAUGAAA